UUUAAGCAAGUUAGAGGAGACGAAAAGGAAGCAGACACACCCCUGUCAAGUAGGAAAAGAAAGAGUAGGAGUAGGUCUGCCGGUCAUCGCGUCAAACUCGAUCCCCGUCCACCGCGCACGCCGGCGAGGCACCCCGCGCCCGCACGGCGCGUGCAUGGGCGACCCGGCGCCGCCCGCGUGGAUGGCCGCCGCGGCCCGCAAGUGGCUCGAGGACGCCGGCGCCAUCGCGGAGGACGGCGCCGGCGCCGGCGACGGCCGCAGGGCUUUUAACGCGCUGCCGCUGUUCGGCGUGCGCGUGUCCCUCGCCGAGCGCGGCCGCGCCGUCUGCUCGCUCCGCGUGCCCGCCCACCUCACGGACGCGGACGGGAGCUGGCACGCGGGGGCUAUCGCGGCGGCGGUGGACGACGUGUGCGCGGCGGCGAUCAUGUCGGUGGAGGGCAUCAUCAAGGUCUCCGUCCACUACGACAUCUCCUACUUCGCGCCGGCCAAGCACCAUGAGGAAGUGGAGAUGGACGGGCGGGUGGUCGACCGGAAAGGGAGGAUGACGGCGGUGACGACGGAGGUCCGGAAGAAGGAGUCCGGCGAGCUGGUGGCGAUCGGCCGGCAGUGGAUGACCACCUCCAGACCAAAGGGAUAUCAAGGAAGCAAGCAUUGCUCGAAUAUGCUCGGACUGAUUUUUCAGGGUGAAAAGCUCGAUUCUGACCAUAAGUGGUUGAAUCCGAUGAUAGCGGCGACUGAGCGUCGUUUCCUUUCUGAAGGCCUGCCUAAUGGAGUCGUUAGGAAGCGUCCAAGGCCCAACCAAAUCAAGCACACGCAACACACACACAUGGACGACGCGGCGGCGGAGGCCGAAGCGCUGCGGCUCCGGCUGGCCGCCGUCGCCAGGAAGUGGCUGGAGGACCCGCGCGCGGACUCCGCCGGCAACAUCACCCACGCGGCCAGCCAAAAGGGGCACGCGCUCAACUCGCUGGUGCUGGCCGGCGCACGCAUCUCCCUCUCCGAGCACGGCCGCGUCGUCUGCUCGUUCCAGGUGCCGCCGCCGCUCACCGACUCGGACGGGACGUGGCACGCGGGUGCGCUGGCGGCGGCGGUGGACAACAUGUGCUCGGCGGUGGUCUUCACUGUGGUGGGCGCGCCCACGGCCACCGUCCACUACGGCUUGUCCUACUUCUCGCCUGUCGCGUGCAACGAUGAGGUUCAAUUGGACGGGCGGGUGGUGGGCCGGAAAGGGAAGCUGACGGCCGCCGUGGUGCGGGUGCGGAAGAUGGGAUCCGGCGAGCUGGUGGCGAUAGGGAGGCAGUGGAUGACACCUGCUUGGCCAACAAAGAGCAACAAAAGCAGGAGCAACCUCUGACAGAAGUUAAAAUGUCGUCCGAUCGGAUGAUUUCAGAUUUGGGCAUCUCCGUUCAAUAGAGCGGAACAAAUGAAAAUCCAUUUUAUUAAUCCUUGGGUGAGUGAUUCUUUCUU